AUGCUCUUCUUUACAUCCGUUAUCCUUUUCAUGACAACGGUUGCACAAGAAGUGAUUUCACAGUAUAGUGUUGAAGUUGUUCAUGAAGCAUCAGGGGUACGGAGACCAGUACUUCGUUGCGAAGCAACUGGUGCUUCAUUCGGAGCCGAUGUAGCUGCUUUUUCCUUCACAAAGCAUUCAGCUGGAUGUGCAGUAUUUACGGAUCCAGAUGAUGCUUGUUCAGAAGUGAAGAUCAAGCCAUAUGUAAACUCAACUAUAUGUGACGACUACUUUGCAAUUGUUCCUAGGGGUAAAUGUAACUUUUCCGAGAAAGCUUAUUAUGCUCAAAACUCUACUCCAAUUAAUGUAGCUGCCUUAAUAAUUUUCAACAAACCUGGUGAAGCUCCAGUAGAUAUGAAUGGAGGAAAGUUUGCUGACAAAGUUCAAAUUCCUCUAGUUAUGGUUAGUCAUGCUUGCAUCGACACCAUGAUGACUACAUAUCCUCCUUCCAAAGGAUUUCUUGUACAAAUCAAAAUUUCACCAGGGUAUUACGACUUAUUCAGAUACCUUAUUCCCUUUGUUGUUGUUGUCGGGUUUUGUUUCUUCAUUUUGUUAACUAGUUUGGCUGUUCGUUUGUGUCGUGAACGUCGUCGUAUAUCUCGUAAACGUCUUUCAAAGAGAAAUCUCAAAAAGAUUCCUACCAAGAAAUAUAGAAAAGAUGAUGAACCUGAUACAUGUGCCAUUUGUCUAGAUGAAUUUAUUGACGGCGAGCGUCUUAGGGUUCUACCUUGUCGACACACAUAUCAUUGCAAAUGUAUCGAUCCUUGGUUGACACAGAAUCGGAAGGUUUGUCCUAUGUGCAAGCGGAGAGUUGGAGCCAAGAACUCUGACAGUGAAUCUAGCGAUGAUGAAAGAACACAGCAACCAUCAACUGCAACAUCAACAACAGAAAUCACUCCUACCAGCGAGAGUAUCCCGCCCAUUUUCGAGUCUCACGAUGACGCUGACUCUCCGACUGUAUCCAAUGUUCGUGCCGAAGUACAUCAUGGAUUAAGCGGCUCGACCGAGCAACUUGUUUAUGAUGACUUCCUUGCUCAUACUGAAGCUCAAAGUGACGAUGAAGAAGAACCAACUUUGUCUCAAUCGAUAAAGAAGAAACUUCUCGAUAUGUUCCAAGGGAAUGCCUCUGGAGCGGAACCAAUACCAUCCGAAUCUGACGAGGAAGCUGGGCAGGUGAAUCCAGGAUACAAUGGCAGCCGAUUUAGCUUGAAUAAUAUGCAUGAAGAUGCUGAUAGUCGAGCGGACUCUUCCACUGUGGACGAAGAGCAACAACAGCAACAGCAGCAUCAACAGCCACAGCAGCAUGAGUCAACUGGUCCUGGCUCUCCUCAUACGGCUCCUUCCAAUAACGAGCAAUUCAACGAUCCUUUCGAAUCGAAUCAAAGCUAG